GUGGGAACGCGCCUCAGAGAGGCUGAGCUCUGCUGGCGGUGCGGAGCUGAGCCCAGCCGAGCCCAGCCCUGCCGGAGCACACCCCCCACCCCCCACCCCGGAUUUAUUUAUCUCUGCCCCCCACGCCGGCUAUAAGCUGCGCCGCGUCCUGUGCCCACGAUGAAGCGGCCUUGCGAGGAAACUACCUCAGACAGCGACAUGGACGAGACUAUAGACGUGGGGAGUGAGAACAACUACUCGGGGCAAAGUCAUAGUUCUGUCAUUCGAUCAAAUUCCCCAACAACAACAUCUCAGAUUAUGGCCAGAAAGAAAAGAAGAGGGAUUAUAGAGAAAAGGCGCCGUGAUCGUAUAAAUAACAGUUUAUCAGAGCUGAGGCGGCUUGUGCCAACUGCUUUCGAAAAACAAGGAUCUGCCAAAUUAGAAAAAGCGGAAAUACUGCAAAUGACAGUGGAUCAUCUGAAGAUGCUGCAGGCGACGGGAGGUAAAGGUUAUUUUGACGCUCAUUCCCUGGCCAUGGAUUUCAUAAGCAUUGGCUUCCGGGAAUGCUUGACAGAAGUCGCGAGGUACCUGACUUCAGUGGAAGGUCUCGACACCUCUGACCCCCUGCGUGUUAGACUCGUGUCUCACCUGAGCACCUGUGCCUCUCAGAGGGAAGCUGCUGCCAUGACCUCCUCCAUGGCCCACCACCACCACCCCUUGCACCCUCACCACUGGGCAGCCGCUUUUCACCACCUCCCUGCUGCUUUGCUGCAGCCAAACGGACUCCACGGCUCCGACGCCACCCCAUGCAGACUCUCCUCGGACGUGCCCCCCCACGGCUCUGCCCUGCUCACGGCCACCUUCGCCCAUGCCGAUGCCGCCCUCAGAGUCCCCUCCGCUGGCAGCGUCGCUCCCUGCGUCCCCCCUCUCUCUACCUCCCUCUUGUCUCUCUCGGCUACCGUUCACGCUGCGGCAGCGGCAGCCACGGCCGCUGCCCAGAGCUUCCCCCUCUCCUUCACCAGCGCCUUCCCCAUGCUUCCCCCCAGCGCGGCCGCCGCCGCCGUGGCAGCAGCGACAGCCAUCACCCCUCCAUUGGCCGUAUCAGCCACCGCCGGCCCUCAGCAGGCUGGCAGCGGGGGCAGCACUAAACCCUACCGACCCUGGGGGACUGAAGUUGGAGCCUUUUAAGGCCCCCCGUCCCUUCCCGGUUUGGAUCCCUCCUCUCCCUCAGCACACACAUACGUGCACAUCCACACACCCCCACGUGCACACCCACACCCGCACACGAGCCUCUGGGACUCCAGCGUGUCCUUCCUGCUCAGCCCAGCCGAGGGGCCGCCUUCACCCAAAGGGCCUGAGAGGUGCCAGUAAGCCCACUGAGGAACAGCACAGCUAUCCUCGUUUCAGGCGUCGGACAGGACAUGGGAUGGUAUCUUCUUCUUCUUGGUUUGUUUCACUGGAGGCACCUUGAGGGAGCAGCAAUGGCUUUCAGAAGCAGCGAGACCAUACCUGCAUGUAGAGGUUUCCUGGGAAAUACGUAGACACUAGAACUAAUAAUUCUCCAGCUAUGCAUCCUUGUUUGGCAGAGAGGUGAGGGAUCGCACCUACCAGGUCUCCCCAGGCUAGAAAAAGAGUUUGAGUUUCAUAAGUGCCUGACAUUGAAAAAAGUAAUAAUAAAAAAACCUAUAUAUAUGUGUGUUCUGCUAAAACAAAUAACAUUGCACAGAUAUGGAAAUGGUAUGAGAAAGAGGGGAGAUCCUGCAUUCAACUUCAGGACUUGGAUAUCUUUCCAGGGAAGAGCAUGCUCUUGAAGGGGAGAGGGGUUUUUUAGCCAAAAGAUUGCCGAGGAAGAAUGUUCAGUUUGACAGGCCUAGUUCUCGCUUCCUUAGUUCACUUUCUUUGUACAGACUUGCCAAAUUGUGACAUCUAGCAUAGCAUUGGUAAAAGCAAUUAUCUUAUCAGUGCUGGGAUUAAUGAACGUUUCAGCACUGCCUGUGAGCCUUGAGGCACCCUUUUUUAUGACUUAAAUAUGGUGCUAGCUCAUAUCUGCACAAACGGUGAAUUUGUCAUGCACCCAGAAGUAACCACCUAUUGAAAGUGUGCACACUUGGCUACGGUUGAUUCAUGCCAAUACAAGAGACUCGGUAUUGCAAGAGUUCAAAUUAACUUAUUUAGUUGUACUUGGACAUCUACUUUUAGCCAAUUCUGUGCAAGAUCCCUCUUCUUUUCGCUAUCAACUACAGGGAGAACGAUCACUCUGGGUAUGAAUGAAGUUACGGUAGGGACAGUUUUUAAAUUGGCUAUUAGCACGCCAACAUUGUAAUGUGGGUUUGAUUCCAAACCAAAAUGAAUGUAUUAAAGGGUAUGUCAGUAAAUUAUUUUGUCAAUACCCAGACAACUAGUGCUGCAUAAAAUGGUUUGCUUUCAUUUUUUAUUACAGUGACUUAAAAUAACCUAAGUAUUUUAAUACAUCCAUUCAAGAACUAGAGAUUUUAUGUAAAAAAAAAUAAAAAUAAAACACAGCAUGUAUUAUUAUGCACUUGAUUUCUCUGCUGUGUGGAGAAAGCAAUAAGCAUUGAGAAUGUUAAACAUUAUGCAAAAUAUACUUUAAAAUAUUUGUUUUAAAAAUACUGUACCUAGUCGGUCUUUUAUGCAUUACUUUGUUAACCUUUUUUCUAUGCAAAAGUCUUUACAUAUCACUAAUUAAACGAAGUCCUUUU